AUGCCACCGCGAAUACCGGCUCUGCUGGCGGCUCGGUGCUACAGGGCAUCAAUUGAGCAGUCCGGUUACUCAUCGCUCGUCAGGCUGCUGAGCGCGGUCUCCAUCCAGACCCGAAACGCCCACAUCCUUGCGAGCCUCUCCGACAACAAGGGCGCACACCAGAAACGAAUCCGCCUUGGUCGCGGGCCGGCUUCCGGCAAGGGAAAGACGUCAGGGAGGGGUCACAAGGGUCAGAAGCAGCAUGGAAAGGUCAAGCCUUGGUUCCAAGGUGGCCAGACACCUUUGAUUACGCAGAGGGGCAAGCUCGGCUUCGAAAACAUCCACGCGCCCAUCUUGUCCGAAGUCAACCUCGACAAGCUCCAGGAAUGGAUCGAUGCUGGCCGCAUCGACGCCACGCAGCGGAUCACGCCGAAGGAGCUCAUACUGUCCAACCUCGUCGGGUCGAUCAAGGACGGAAUCAAGCUGCUGGGAAGGGGCGGGAACUCGCUGAAGCAGCCGAUCGACAUCGUGGUGUCGCGCGCCUCGGCCUCGGCCAUCGACGCGGUGGAGAAGGCGGGCGGCAAGAUCAUGACGAGGUACUACACGAAGAUGGCCAUAAAGCGGCUAGUGGAAGGCAGGAGCUUCCACAGCGACGAGCCGCUGCCGACGGGGCCGGAGCACGUCGAGCCGGUGCUCGAGGCGUUCCGGAAGAAGAAGUUCGCCUACCGGCUGCCGGACCCGACGGCGCGGUGGGACAUCGAGUACUACCGCGACCCGGCGCACCGGGGCUACCUGAGCUACACACUGCAGUCUGGCGAGUCGCCCAGCUUGUACUUCAAGGUGCCGCCGUCACAGCUCACGAAGCGGGUCAAGAAGAGAAAGAAGGGAGCUAAGCAGGAGGACACCAAGCUCUGGGACAAGCUAACGCUCGUUGAGGAAGAAAUCAUGUCUCUAUUUGGCUCUUCUCCCCCAAACGACAGCCUGACUCCCGGCAACACGACCGUGGCUCGAUCCCGAAACUCGCUUUUCGACGACGACGAUCCCAUGACCCGGUCGACUUCGGACACCCUCUUUAAUGACGACGACUUCAGGGGUAGUGGUGCGACUUCGCCCUGGGACCUGCCUACACCGCGGAAGCAGCAAUCGCGCGGCGACCUGAUCCGACAAUUACUAGAUGGCGCCGAGGUGCCCGAGAGCUACAUAGAGGCAUUUGAUGCCGCCGUGCGCGAGGACGGAAGCGGCGGCAAGGUCACCUCCUCGGGCAUCACCAAGACGCUUGCUGCCGCUAAGUUGGGUGCUGACGACCAGGCGCGGAUAAUGGGAAUACUGGCUCCGGCCGGCCAUCUCGUGCCCGUCGGUCGCAGCGAGUUCGGCGUCUUGCUGGCUCUCAUCGGCCUCGCGCAGGAGCACGAAGCCGUGAGCUUGGACGGAGUGGACGAACGGAGACGCAACUUGCCGCAACCCCAGUUAUUCUCGUCGUCUCAGUCUGUCCGAAAACCCGUCCUUCCGAAUACUGCAGACCUUGCAGCGAAACCGCCCCAGGUGCCCGAUCCUUCGCCCACUUCAUUUCCAUCACACUCGAGAGCCACAAAGCACCCCAUGGAUGGUCCCGAGGACGAUCCGUGGAACUCGUCCGACCUUCACGCGAACCACGGCCACGGCGAGACCCCAAAGACCAAUGGUGCCAAUCACGUAAAUCCGAGCACGAAUGGUAACGGCUACGGCAAUUCGGACGCCCCCGACUCGCACCCUCACCCGACUUCGGCCUUUACGACCGCCACCAUGCCCCCCAGCACCGGUAGUGUUGGCGCCCCCUCCGCCCCCUCAGCAUCAUCAAACCCCAGUGGUUGGGGAUAUUUCGAUGCAAAUAGCUCGGCCGGCUUCGAUGGGCCCUCCAGCCAUCUAGGCGGCCCCUUUAGCGGCGCCGGCAGUGGGGAGGGCCACGAGCCAGGUAUCAAUCCUUCUGCCAUCCACACUCGAACCAUUAGUGGUGGUCGGUCUGGAAGCGCAAUCGAGGAGAACAUCGUGGUGACGCUGAUGCCAGAGAAGGAAGGCGUCUUCCUAUUUCAGCACCACAAUUACGAAGUGACGAGCGCACGCCGAGGAAGCAAAGUCAUUCGCAGGUACAGCGACUUCGUGUGGCUGCUCGAUUGCAUGCACAAGCGAUAUCCGUUCCGCGCGCUCCCCCUACUCCCGCCGAAGAGAGUCGCGGUCAACGGUAACCAUCUUUCCAACGAUGGCGCGUUCAUCGAGAAGCGUAGACGUGGCCUCGGCCGAUUCCUUAAUACCCUCGUCCGGCACCCGGUAUUAGGCCAGGAGCAGCUUGUCAUCAUGUUCUUGACGGUCCCGACGGAACUUGCGGUAUGGCGUAAGCAGGCUACGAUCUCGGUGGUGGAUGAGUUUACGGGCCGACCGCUCCCGCCCGGGCUCGAGGAAUCCCUACCGCCGUCGUUAGAGGAGCUAUUCGAGCGCACUAAACAAGGUGUUAAGCGAUCCGCUGACCUUUAUAUCACGUCCUGUAACAUCAUGGACCGCCUCGUCAAGCGGAGCGAAGGGGUAGCAGCCGACCACGGGCGCAUGGCUCUGUCGCUGACGUCCCUUACCGAGACGAGUUCGGAGACCUACGCUACUGAUACGAACGACGUACCGCUGCUCAACGACGGCUUGAUAGCUAUGAGCAAGCACCUGCAGACCACGCAGAGUCUGAUGGAAGACGAAAGCAAGGCGUGGGAAGCGGGUGUGCUGGAGGACUUGAAAAGGCAGCGCGACGCGCUGGUGAGCAUCAGAGAACUGUUCGACCGGAGGGAGAGGCUGGACAAGGACAACAUUCCGUACCUGGAGCGGAGGAUCCAGAAUAACGAGACCAAACUCGCCGGCCUACGCGCGAAGCCGGAUGGGCUAGUCAAGCCGGGGGAAAUAGAGAAGGUGGUCGAAGCCAUAAUCAAGGACAAGGAAUCAAUCGUCAACCAGCACAACCGGUCCAUCUUCGUCAAGGAGUGCCUCCGCGACGAGCUCGUAUACUUCCAGCAGACGCAGUUCCACGUCAGCCGAUGGAACCAGGACUGGGCCCAGGAGCGCGUCAAGUACUCGGAGAUGCUGGCCGACAAUUGGCGCCGGUUGCUGGACGAACUCGACGGCAUGCCGCUCGGCGACUAG